CUUGGAAGGUUCAUUAUCUCAAACCACAGCCAUGAGGAUUUCCUCGAUCUAUUUAGUUGUUCUUCUUGCGAGUUUUCAUUUGACAAAAAGUGAAGACUCCUCCUCUUCCUCUUCUUCCUCUUCAUCCUCUUCAUCCUCUUCUUCCUCCUCCUCUUCUUCUUACUCAGACGACGACUUUGAAUGUUCCGAAACUGGCCGAUUUGCUGUUGACACUGACCCAACAUGCAAACAAUAUUACUCUUGUAGAACAGGAAAUGAAGGACAAUGGCAGAAAACAAUUUAUGAUUGUCCGGAUGGAACCAUUUUUGACAACAAUUCCGGACACUGCUCAUCAACAGUAAAAUGCCAUAGAGAUUCUUCAGAUUCAGAUUCCUCCGAUUCUUCUUCAGACUCUUCUUCAGAUUCAUCUUCAGAUUCAUCUUCAAAUUAUGACAGCGGCGAAUUCAAUUGCAGGAAACCAGGACUUUUUGAUGAUGUCUACGAUCCCACUUGUAGCAAUUACUACGAGUGCAAAUACCAACAUGGUGUAUUGUUUUCUGACCGCCGCCCCUGCCCACCACCAAGUAAAUUUAACCCAAAAGAAAAGCACUGCAGCAAGAAUUAUAUCUGUCCCAGACAUUUUCAUUGCUCAGGAAGAGGACGUUUUGACGAUGAGACUGAUCCGAAUAACAAACGUUACUUUCUUUGUAUUAAGAAGCAAAAUGGAGACUUUUCCCAAACAAUAUAUACGUGUCCUUUAUACAGUAGAUUUGAUCCUGUUGACAAUGUGUGUGUUGUUCCUGACGAAUCAUUAUCAGACGAAGAAGCAAUUCACGAUCAUACCUUGCCAGUGGAAGACUGGGAUCAUGCGGAUUCGUAUAAGUGUACAGCAAGAGGUUUCUUCACAAAUACACAUGACCAAAAUUGCAAAUCAUUUUAUUUCUGCGAUGUGAACGCUGAUGGGAAAUUUUCGAAACAUGUUUUAGUUUGUCCACGGGGAUAUGGAUGGAAUAGAGAUACAAACUUAUGUACUUUUGGUUAUUCUUGUUAAUAUGUAUAUUACUUUUAUGAAAUUAUAAUUAAAUAAAGAAAUUCAAGUAUUAA